GAUGACGUCACAUUCCCAGCCAGUGCACGCGCAGAUGUUUGUUGUGCGUGAUAAAUAUUUUUGGAAUAGAGUUUAUAAAUAUUUAACAAAGUGUGAAGGUAGUAUAAUGAGGUGUGUGAUAAAUUAGGCUAUUAUAUCAACACGAGUUCUUCUAUAGAAUAUAUAGCCUAUAUGGAAUAUAUGGAAGCAUAUUUCUGUCACAUAAUUCAUGGAAUGUAAAAAUUAUGGCAUAAAAAGUUAAAAUCACGACUUAAAAAACGCCAAAACUAUGACAUAAAAGUCGAAAUUAUGACAUUUAAAAAUCAAUUCUGACAGUCAUUUCGACUUAUCUUACAAUUUCGGCUUUUUAAUCUCAUAAUUAGGUCUAUUAGCACUACGUCAUAAUUAUGUCAAAAAUAUGACUUGGUAUGUAAUAUUUAUGUCUUUUUAUGUCAUAAUUUUUAUAUACUAAAGCAUGAUUUUUUCUCAUGCGGCAGAAAUGAGUUUCCACAGUUAUCAGCCCUGCAUAGGAUAAACUUGUUGUAAAAUGUGUCAUGAGUGAUCAGCGGUUUCUCAGAUUCUGUGUGUAAAGCAGAAAACAAACAUCUUUAAUGCUGAAACUGGCGAGUUUGUAGUUUGAAGAUCAGAAGAAUUCAAUGUCGCCCUCUGGCGGUCAUACAGUGUGACGUCAGCUGACAUCUGAUCAUCAUCAGAACCAGUUUAAGUGCUCGAGUCUCUCUGCCUCAGUUCUGGACUCACUUCACACCUCUCUCUCUCUCUCUGGACGGAGGAGAUGGAUCUUUAUUUCACCUAGUGUAGUCAUCAUCAUCAUCAUCAUCAUCAUCAGUGGAGAUGAAGGACGAGCGGCGUGUGGUGAAUGUUUCUGGAUCUCUGUCCUGCUGAUGGUGAUUAUGGGCGUGAAUCAGUCGCGCAGAGCGCCGGUACUGGAGGAGGAUGAGGAGGUUUCUUUUGACCACUUUCAGAUUCUCAGAGCCAUUGGGAAGGGAAGCUUUGGAAAGCACGGUCUGCAGGUGUGUAUCGUGCAGAAGACGGACUCCAGGAAGAUGUACGCCAUGAAAUACAUGAACAAGCAGAAGUGCAUCGAGAGAGAUGAAGUCAGAAACGUCCUCCGAGAGCUGCAGGUCAUGCAGAGACUCCAACACCCGUUCCUCGUCAACCUCUGCCUCUUCCGUGGAUUGACACAGACUCUCUCGGCUCGCAGGUUUUCGUUUCAGGAUGAGGAGGAUCUGUUUAUGGUGGUGGAUCUGUUGUUGGGGGGUGAUUUACGGUUUCAUCUGCAGCAGAACGUUCAUUUUAAAGAGGAGACGGUGAAGCUGUACUUGUGUGAGCUAGCGUUAGCGCUCUGUUACCUGCAGCGCGAGCACAUCAUCCACCGGGAUAUAAAGCCAGACAACAUUCUCUUGGAUGAACAUGCUGUCUGUGUCGUAGGUCACGUCCACAUCGCUGACUUUAAUGUGGCCACGGUCCUGAAGGACUCAGAGAAAGCCACGUCUAUGGCAGGAACUAAACCCUACAUGGCUCCAGAAGUCUUCGAGUCGCAGGCGGACGCUGGUCCGGGUUAUUCGUACGGCGUGGACUGGUGGUCUCUCGGCAUCACGGCGUACGAACUCUUACAAGGGUCGCGGCCGUACGAGAUCCGCUCCAGCACGACAGCAGCUGAAGCCAUCAACACAAUCCACGGACAGCAUGUGAGCUUUUCCUCCGCCUGGUCCGACGGGAUCGUGGCUCUGAUCCGCAGGCUUUUGAUGAAAGACCCUGAGAAUCGUCCGUCACGUUUGUCUGAUAUCCAGAAGGAUCCGUAUCUGGCUGAUGUGAACUGGGACGCCGUGCUGGAGAAAUCCGUCCCCCCUGGUUUCGUUCCAAACAAAGGCCGUCUGAACUGUGACCCCACGUUCGAGCUGGAGGAGAUGAUCCUGGAGUCCAAACCGCUGCACAAGAAGAAGAAACGUCUGGCCAAGAGCAGAAACAAACACUCAAAGCCGCUGCCGACGCACAUGCAGGCGAGUUUAGACACGCUGACAGAAGAUUUCAUGGUCUUCAACAGAGAAAAGAUGAAGCAGCAGCGGCUGGCGUCGGAGAGUCCAGCAGCGAAUAAACGCCAGGACGGACGACACAACAUGGUCACACGGCGCUAACGGCCUCCAGACGAUCCUCCCUCAAACCCUCCUGCUGACGCCGCUCUAUAUCUGUGUGUUUUACUGACGUCCUCCUAGAGUUUUUCUCCGCAUGCCAUGUAAUAUUUAGAAUUUUUAAAAGACUCGGGCAUUGACGUU